AUGUUGUCUCCUGGCUAUUUGGGAUGCUACGAAGACUGUGAAUCCUGGGUCUGUGAUAAAGAUGAACGUGUGCUGUCGGUCGGGCCAAUGGAGAGCAACCAACAGUCUGUCGAGUGGUGCUUCAGUCACUGUCUGGAUUCACAAUCAAUGAGCUACAAAUACGCGGGACUUGAACACGCAGAUCAAUGCUUCUGUGGAAAUAACGAAGACUACGACAGACAUGGGAAAAAGGACGACUCUCAGUGUCAAGAUACGUGCAAGGGAAACAGCGACCAGAUCUGUGGAGACGGUCACCGGAUCUCUAUAUACAGAAUAUCGCAAGGAGUGUGCAGUAAUGACAUAGGACCACCCACCAACGGAUCACACGUCAUCACCAACCCGCGUUCACUGUCUUACAAUCUCAACAACUUCAAGUUCUUCGGGACUCGUGUAGAUUUCUCCUGUGACCCUGGAUAUAUCCUCCAUGGAGCAUCAAGCAUUAAAUGCAUUGAGACUGACUACAACGUCACGUGGAGUGACUUCGUGCCUACUUGCAUCGAAAAUUCCUCGACAACAAUUUCACCGUUUACUGCUGAUGACGGAGCUUCUACUGACGGUUAUAAGGCAACUGAGACCAACGAUCGGCGUAAGGGACAGUUAGAGACAGGUAUGAUAGUUGGAAUAGCAGUUGGAAUAAUAGCGGCAUUGACUGCUCUUUUGGUGGUGGUGAUAUGUCUGAGGAAGAAAAGAGCCAAGAAAAGAACCGGAAGUGCAGACGUUGCCAUGGACACCGUCGGACCAACAUACGCCAACACUUUGUACGAUUUAUCAGUAGUUAGCCAGCCCAGCACUGAACCAACCCAAGCUGCCCCACCCGUGUACAACCAGGUCGCUAAGAAAGACGCCCACGAUCACGUAUACGCUACUCCUGAUGUCGUCACUGCACCGGGGGCCACGCCCACCAACCGAGAUGAUGGUGAGAGUGGUUGGGUCGAGAAUAAAGUAUACGGGUGCGAAUCCUUUCCAAUUGAAUGACAAAAGAGAUUCCAUACAGACGUGAAACCACACAUGUAGAACCACUCACAAUGGAAAAAGCCUAAACAGAUAAAGUUUUACCAACUAUAAAGUAAAUCAUUUCAAAUACAGUUUAUCUUUAAUUUCGAAGCUCCAUUGAAUGGAUUGUUAGCUAAUUAAGCCGCAAGUUACACAUGUUCUUGACUUGUCGUUGAAUUAAAUUCCGGCAAUAUAAAACAUGUACAUAUACAUUCAGGAAAAACUAUGCUUUCCGUUGGCCUUGUACAGUGUUUCAUCAUCAUCAUCGUUAUAUGCAUCAUCAUCAUUGUUGUUGCCCGCUCGAAUAGUUAUAUCCCACGUACGUUUCACUCCCAUAUAACGUGUGCAUGUAAGUUUACAGUAUAGGCGCUGCGGGAACGUGACUGCGCCCUCGGAAACCAUACGGAGUCGGCCCUGGCCACCAGGCGUUUCCUCUUUUUAGAUGCCAAGUUAAACUGCUUUUACGCGCUUAAUUUGAAUAAAUAUUAACUUUAAAUCAAUGUUCUGUAUUAAGCAAGCCCUAACAAUAAUGGCCAGACAAAUUCCAUGCAGUGGUUUUUCACAUGUAAAGUGGUUAAUAAGGUAUCAAAAAGUUUCCAUUGUUCAUGUGUCACUUUCCCAUUUAAGAUUUCUAGACAAUCGAGGUUUCCACAGGGCAAUGCAAUACUGAACAUAAAAAUUCACUCGGUGAUCUUUUACAAACAAUAGAUUUCUCUUCGGUAAUUGUUUUUGUUUCGAUAAAAAUGAGCAAUUUUAAAAGCCGACUAACCAUACAUUUUUUGUCUUUUUGGAUUACUCGCGAUAAGUGAUACCAGACCAUUCACCUGAGAUCGUACUUAUGUUCCUCAAUAUAUUUCGAGAGCAGUUUCUGACCAGCAAAAUGGGGCUAAAAACCUUAGAUGUGAGUUUGAUUUUAUGAAGCAAAGUUUUGAAUAUUUAAGACAUUUAGCGUUUAAGUGUUUUAUGUCGACAUUUACACAGAAACUUAUCAUCAAUUCCGACGAAAAAAAUGUGUGUUUUGUUACAAUAUUCAAACGCGGUCGAUGUAUCAAGAGAUAAACAAUCUGGCGAAUUUUCUUUCACAAAUUCGGUUACAUGAUACUCUCCUCCACCGUUACGUACAAGUAUAAAUGAUGGGGAACCUCUAAAAUUAUGUUCUUAUUCUUAUCAAAAACAAAAUUGCUUGUAAAUUGCUGAUAGGAUAAUUCAUCAUGCAAUUGCCUUGUACGCUGGAGCGUUUAAAAAUUAACAUCUGUUAUAUAAAGCUUUGUGUAAAUAUUACUAUAUUGCUUGUCUUUGUGAGUAUGUGUGAUCUAAGUGUGUUUCACCAAUGCACUUCUUGCUUGUGAAUGUUACCUUUAACUUCAUGUAAUAAUUUGCAGUGUAUGCAGGGCCCUAAUGGAAACCAGUAUUAAAUUGUUUUGCAUACACCGGGAAAGAAAUGUAAUGUAAUGUAAUUAGUAUGCUGGCAUUUUUGAGAAAAGAGGAAUUGUCAUCAUUUCCUUGCGAUAAUAUCGGAUCAAACCAUGUGUCUUUUAACGGAAAGACAGAUGAUUUGGUCCUGUAUCAUCGCCAGGAAAUGAUAUGCUAAUGAUUUCACAGAAUGCAUGAUACUAUUAUUUAUUUCUAAUCAAUUAAGUAGGAUUGUCAGUUUCAGUUUUGGAAUGUUUGCCAUUGGUGUCCAUAAUUAUUUUAAGUAAGUGUAUGGAGGUUAAUUACCUUUAUGAGGCCUUUUAUUCUUAAUUCUUCUAGCUAUCAGUCUGUCCUUUGUGCUAACUAAAAUGUAAACGUGUAAAUAUUCUUCAAGAAGAGCCAUGUAAUAAAAGUGUUUCAUGGAUUCCAUACUUCACUAGAUUUUCCAAAUAUUUUACUUGGUCAAGUAAGAUGCCACGCGGUGUAUUGAAAAUUGGAUGAAAACAAUGAAGGGAAUAGUUACAUUUCAUAACUAGGUCAAUAGUGUGAUUUCUUAAUGUCCAUCGAUCCCAGAAUGCUUUUCGGUCCAACAAUGGCCAAGAUGGCAGUAUCAGUAAAUGAUGACUACCAUGCGAGGCGUCAUCGUUUUCUUUUAGUUGUAGUCUACCACCGUACCGAACUUUUCAGCAUGACGGUGCAUGAGUGUAUACGGUCUAACACAAUCCUAUCAGUAGGCGUUUUGGUGAACAUAAUUCCUUCUCGUAGUGUCUAAAUAUAUGGAUACAGGCCUUCUUUGAUCAAGAAAUCAAUUUCAAGCCAAGCAAGUAUAUAUGCCCAGAUUACUCUGUGUUUAGUCAGUGCCCUUGCGAAAAAGUUUUAUAUCUCUGGUUUUUGCCUGGCAUCCCCCACCACAACAGCCCGAGGCUAUAUAUCUAAAGGAUGAUUGAUGGCCUUGUUAUACAGCAGCUAUACUUCAAUACAAUUCAAUUACAAUACUAUACGGGACAAUACAAAUCCUAUGGGAGUUGGCCUAGGUCUGAUCUUUGCCUCAGAAAUUAUGGGUAAAAAGUUCAACCAGGAUUAAAGGGGUGCUCUCGAUUCUUUUUAGCUCAGUCUCAAAUAGGAAAUUGUUGAGCAUGAACUUUUUUGACGGAGAAAUGAUGGAGAAAUUAAACUUUACGGUAAAUUAAGCCACGAUAUCGACCAAUCGCGUUGUAGUUCCAACAUGCACAACUUGACUUCGAAAAAAAAAGCUUUGCAUCGAAAUUUCUAGCUCCAUUGUGUAUAUGAAUCUAAAACUGUUUACACAACUCGUUGAAUUUCUUGACAUCGAUUUUCAGAUGAGAGAUCCGCUUUAUUUUUCAUGUUGGCAGCGUAGGCCUAAUUCUAUUUGAGUUUCGAAUUUAUGCUAAUUGUAUCAUAUUUAUCAUAACUAUGAUUGGACAUUGCUGUCCUUAAAAAUGUUCCUGUUUUUAUUCUUGUGCUAGCUUAUAUGAGUUUAUUUACCGUUUACAUUUUAAAAAAAUUGAUGUAUAAUAUGAUUGUGCUGUAUUGUAUAAUAUUUGUAUUUUGUUUGUUGUCUGAAGAGCCUUUUAUAUAGUGAUGUAGUUCGCAAUCACACCGGGAUUAUGUGAAUUAUUUUUGUUUUGCUGAAAGAACGCACACUUUUUGUGAUCCGUGGACAGAACUUUAAAACGGUGGCUGUGUUUAAAAUUCCGUAACUAUAUGAAUGAUUCUUGUACUAAAAGAAACUAAGGAAUUUGGCUUUGUUAUCCUUGAGUUUGAAAGUAUUACAUGCAGAACUCAACUGAAAAAAUGGUCGCGACAUUUGGAUUUCGGUGUUUUUUUUAUUCGCCCUGUAGAUACAGGUCGUUCAUUUACUUCCUCAACUUAAAGGGAACUUCGGCUCUCUAAAAUUGUCAUCGUUUGUAAUGAUUGUGAUGAUUAAUUUGAUAUUAUUGAGACCGCCAAUCAUUAAUGUUGAAGUUAAUUGGAUAAUUAUAAGAACCAAAUCAUUAACAUAAAACAAAUCAAAUAUUUGAAGCAAUAGUUAUACGCAUUUCCAGCUAUUUAUAAACACUAUAGUUUCAGCUAUAAUGAUGCAAAAUGUGCAUUUAAUUAAUAUGCUAUGACUUUAGGAAAACAUUAAUAAGUGUUUUGAAGAAUAAAUGGAUGCUUUGAUGAUGAAGGUCUGACCUUAACUUGCGAUUAAAACUCUAGCGUACGGAACAGAGCAAAUCUAUUUGAUCUCAA